AUGCAUGGUGAAGAGUCAUCACAUUCGGGACCCCCACCUCCCAAGACCAAGGAACUAGCAGCAGAAAAAUUGACGGGUUAUGGAAUUCCGUCUCCUCAUCGACACGGCACAACAAGCGAGUAUGAUAGCUCGGCCAACAACUUCGUAUUCGACAAGAGCGGUGUGCUUCAUGCACGCCGUCGACGCAUUAGGCUACGGCAAGCCCAGCCUCCGAGGAUUGUCAAGGCGUCAUCUUCACAAUGUCCGCCGGCCAACACCAAGUUCUGUCCUUGUGGCUGCAUCCGAAACCGCCAGUCAUCAACACCACCAGGGACGAUUUCCUACCCACCACACCGGCCUCAACGCAAGUUACUGCAGGGCUGUGUUCUCUGUAUGCAGCAGUAUCCCGUUCCGGAAGAACUAAUGUCAUCCUCGACCUCCCGCCCUUUCCAGUCUCCUUCCCUGACACUUCCUCAUCGCCAACGGGCUGAUUCUGGGGGCGGCAAAACUUCUACCCUGGCUAGAUCAUCCAUUGUGAUGGCCACGCAGCAUGCAACCCAACAAUCCUAA